AUGCAAAAUCCAUUACAAUAGUUCCUCACUAUUAUGGCCUCAAGAGAAGAAGUCAUCUUUAUGAUUCGCAUUCUUACUCAUUAAUGUAUUGAAGAUGGUAAAAAUCUUAAAGAAUAUCAAUUUGAAAUCAUUAGAGGUGAGAAAAAAAGAGAAGAACUAGAAAAUUAAGUGUAAUAGACAUAUAUUAUAUAUUAUGAUAGUUAUUCCAUCAUUAAUGAAUCUAUACAUAGAAAAAUAUUCCUACCAAAAGUUGUCUAAAAGUUCAACAAAAUAUAAACAUAUUAUUCCAAUAAAACUAAAGUAAAAUUGAUGGAAUUAUUAUUAGGUUUACUUUCCAAAAUAAGGAUAAUAAAUUGGAUAGGAAAAUAUUAUUUAACCAAAUCUUAGGAAUGUUAUUAUAAGCAUGUAACAUGAAGAUUUAGUUUCAAUUCUUAAAUACUUAAGUAACAUGUAGAAAAUGAGAAUGAAGAUAGAACUCAAUCGGGCAUAGUAUAUGGAUAAGUAAUAUAUAAAAGGCUAUGCUUUAUUCUAGAGAAGAGAGAUGCAAUCGUAAUGACAAGUUCUUUUCUGAACCUCUGCUUAUGGGAAAUUUCGGUAUGAAUUACAUCAAUAAAUUGCAUCAAAAAUAUUAUUUUUUAGCAUCAUAAAGAAAUUGGAAAAAUGUUUAUGAUGUUCUUAUUUUAGAUGAUAAUACUAAACAAUUGUAUUUAUAAGGAGCAGGUUAAUCAUUAUUUUUAUUUAGGUUUUAAAAGUGUUAUUGCAAGUAUUAAUAAAUAAAAGAAGUCUAAUGACACUCCUUAAGUUUAUAUACCAAUUGAAACAACCUAAGAAAUUAUUACUACUCGUUAUGAAAAAUUAUUCAAAGAUCUUAUGGAUAUGAACUACCAUGUUUCAAAAUCUAUUAUAAAAUAUAAUGAAGUACAUCAACGUAGAAAAAAGAAUAAAGAAUCAUAAAAUAGAAUUAAAAUAACUACUACUAGACAUUCUUAGUAGGUUAAAAUACUUAAUUUAAGUGACUUUGCUAAAUUUUCUGCUCCAUCAUCUAGGUAUUGUAAAACACGAUAACUUAAAACAUAAUUGUCAUGUCUCUAAUCUCCAUCUGAACCACAAAUCAAAUAAUAUGAAUUUCUUUUAAGUUUACGACAACCUGUUAAUUCAGGUCGCUUGAUUAAUAAAUGCAUUAAUUAAAAUUCAUGAAAUACUUUAAGGAAGCAUCAUUCUCAUUCAAAUAAAAAUUUGCCUACUCACCAGAAGAAUAAGCUAUCAAACUCUUUGAUCAAGCAUAUCAUUAUGAAAACUCAAUUCUUCCUAUCAAUCUUCUUGAUCAGAUUGCUGAAUUGAGUUUCCAAAUGUAUUUAUUUAUUAUUUAAAGUUUCUUUAGCGAUCAUUAUCCAAAAAUUAUCAAUUAAAUUGUUUUAUAACUAUCUACAAUUGGAAUCACUGCAAAUGUCAUUCUUAAAGUAUCAUAUUUCUAAUUUAUUUCCUAUAGACACUAUUAAUUACAGAUUAUCUCUUAAAGUAUGGAUGUUCAGGUAUAAUCGAUGAUUUGAAGGUUAGAAUUUACAUGUUUAGAAAUUAUCAGGAAUUUAAAAUUGAUUUCUAGGACCCAAUAUAUGUUACAAGUAAGAUUUUUUAAUAUUUAAAAGUUCGAUAAAAAGCAGGAAACAUUGCAAACCAAUUAACUAAUAGAAAGCUUUUGUAUAAGGAAAAAGAAAUAGCUAAAUAAAUCAAACUAAAAAUUUAAAUUAACAAACAAAAGACAUAAUCAUUAAGCAAUUAAAAUAACAAAUAAACUACAACAACCUUAGAUGACAUUUUAGAAAACUAUCUUUUUAAAUAUAUGGAUAAAUUUAAUGAUAAAUUGGAAAGUUGGGGAGAUUAGAUAAAUGAUAAAUUAGAUCAAAUAAUUGACAAUAUUACAAUUAAUGCAGCAUAUGAAAGAGAUGAAAAUGGGUAUUACUUUCCAGACUCAUGUAUGGAUGAAAUUACUAUAACAAAUAAAUCAAAUGAAACUUAAAGUUAAUAAUAAAAAUCUAAUGCUGUCUAAGAAUAGACAUAAAAUGUUUAAAUUAUAAAAAACUCACAGAGUAAAAAUUUAUGUAAUCAUAAUAUUAAUAAGGUAGUGGAAUUCGAAGACGAAAAUAUUAUCCCUUAAUAAUAAAAGAAGCAAGAGAUUAAUUUACUAGAUUGA